UGCGCAUUGUAGUCGCAGGGAGAAACUUUGGGCUGGCGCUGCUAUGGCGCCGCCUGAAGGUCGCGACGGGCCUAGCUGCCUGGCCAGGGUCUCCCGCCGCCUCUGCUUCAGCGCCUCCCACCGGCUGCACAGUAAAUCACUGAGUGAUGAAGAAAACCGGAAACUUUUUGGGAAGUGUAAUAACCCCAACGGGCAUGGCCAUAAUUAUAAAGUGGAAGUAACUGUGCGGGGAAAGAUCGAUCCAGUGACAGGAAUGGUGAUCAACCUCACAGAUUUAAAAGACUACAUGCAGGAAGCUAUCAUGGAUCCUCUUGACCACAAAAAUUUGGAUAAGGAUGUCCCGUACUUUGCUGAUGUUGUAAGCACCACGGAGAACGUUGCUGUGUUCAUCUGGGAAAAUCUCCAGAAACAUCUCCCGAAGGGGACUCUUUAUAAAGUCAAAGUGUACGAGACAGACAAGAACAUUGUUGUCUACAAGGGAGAGGAGACUCUUCCGAAGAAGUAACGGGGUUUCGUGUCUCAGUGCCUUAAUCUGUCCUUGGAGAAGGAACCUACCCAGUGGAUUGAUGAACUUCAUCAGAUAAGUGUUGCUGCGUGGAUAAUUUUUUUUCAAAAUAUAAUUUAAGAGAAUGAUAGUAUUUUGGCUAGAAGUGGCUCCCUGACGCAGCUCUGUGCUUUGGGGAUUCGUUGUUCUCUUGAUGGCUCUUCACUGAAACAUUCCAUUUCUUGAAGAUGCAAAUUCUCCGUCACAUCAUAUCUGUUAAACGCACGGGGGUACGAGAAAAUUUUUUAAUUUCCGGUCAAGAUUCAGACAAAGUACAGUGUCUACGCUUCAGAUCUUACUUCUGUUGUGAUGUCAUUAAGAGGCCUGCCUUAAGCCGCUCUCUGAUAUUUCCCCACCGUCUAAAUUAUGGAGAUAAUAUUGCCCUAUUUAACAGGAUUGUUAUAAGAACUGCAGAGAUAAUGUAUGCAAAAUCUAUAAAUCUAACAAAUAAAAUAAAUAAAUAAAUAAAA